AUCCAUGUUAUCUCAGUCAAUGCGAUGAUUCCGUACACUGCAGUGUCGUACAUGCGGGGUGAUACUACGAGCACUCAAGAAAUCCUCCUGGACGGAAAAUUUUUCUCGGUCCGGUCCAAUCUCUUUGACUUCUUGGUAAUAUUUAGCAAAGGUGGGUACGAUGAUCUAUUUUGGAUCGACGCUCUGUGCAUGAACCAGGGAAACAUCGUCGAGCGCAACCAUCAGGUGAACUUGAUGGGCCAAAUAUUAUCCACCGCAGAACAUGUGUUCGUACGGCUAGGA